GCGUGCGCGUUCUAGAGGCUGCCCUCGGCGCGUGCGUGAUAAAGGAUCAGUGCGCGGGCCCGGCGGCAGUGCUCGAGUGGAGUUCUGAGGCGCGUGUUUGUGUGUUUUUGUGUAGUUUUGUGUAGUUUGUGUUGCGGCGCUUGUUGGCCAUCAGCACAGAAGCGGGUUAAAUGUAGAAGCAGCGCACGAUGGCGGAUCUCUCUCUGCUGCAGGAUUCACAGGAGGACACGGACGGAUUUGGUGUGGAUGGAUACAGCUCAGAGUCUGAUGCCAUUAUUAUACCUUCAGUGCUGGAUUUCGUGACUCAGGAUGAGAUGUUGACUCCUCUGGGCCGACUCGACAAGUACAUCAGCAGCGAGAACGUCUUCAACAGGCAGAUGGUGGCCCGCAGUCUUCUCGACACGCUCCGAGCCGUCAGCGAGGACGAGCGCGAGUGUGUGUCUGUGCUGGAGAGGAUCGACAGACUCGCAGACGACUCCGAGCCGACGGUUCGAGCGGAGCUCAUGGAGCAAAUCCCACAUAUCGCCAUCUUCUGUCAGGAGAACAGACCUUCCAUUCCAUUUGCUUUCUCUAAGUACCUCUUACCCAUCGUCGUCAGAUACCUGGCUGACCAGAAUAACCUGGUGCGUAAGACGAGUCAGGCGGCGCUGCUGGUUCUGCUGGAGCAGGAGCUCAUCGAGCGAGGAGACGUGGAGAACCUGGUGUGUCCCGUGUUGGUGGACCUCACUGCUCCUGACAGCAACGACGAUGUGAAAACCGAAGCCAUGGCGAUUAUUUGUAAAAUGGCGCCGAUGGUGGGGAAGGACAUCACCGAGCGACUCUUUCUGCCGCGCUUCUGCGAGAUGUGCUGCGACUGCAGGAUGUUUCACGUGCGCAAGGUUUGUGCGGCGAACUUCGGUGACAUCUGCAGUGUUGUUGGAGGAGAGGCAACAGAGGAGCUGCUGCUGCCGCGUUUCUUCCAGCUCUGCUCAGAUAAUGUGUGGGGCGUGCGGAAGGCCUGCGCCGAGUGCUUCAUGACGGUGUCCUCGGCCACGUCUCCAGAAGUGCGGCGGACGAAACUUUCAUCUCUGUUCAUCAGUCUGAUCAGCGAUCCCUCCCGCUGGGUGCGUCAGGCUGCGUUUCAGUCGUUGGGUCAGUUCAUCUCGACGUUUGCGAGCCCCAGCAGUAACGUGGGUCAGUACUUCAGAGACGAGGGCAACUGGAGCGGAGCGCAAACACACAGCACAAACGCAGAUGCCGCCGGCAGCUCGUCCGCAGCAGAGACGUCUGCUGUUUCCCACAAUCCCUCUGGCUGUGAGGAGCAGGAUGUGGCGGAGGAGGGCGGAGGUGAGCAGACGGCGGAGGUCCUGACGGCAGACGAUUCUAAGUGCCUUCCUGAAGAGACAGAGGCUUCGUCUGGAGCCGACGAGGAUUCACCGGCAUCAGCACAGGAUGAUCCCUCGCCUUCGCCCGCUCCACAAGACGAGCAGGAGCUCUUUAACUCUUUCCACUACUGGAGGACGCCCAUCCCAGAGAUCGACCUGGACCUGGAGCUGCUGGAGGAGGAGAAGCGUCCGUCCGCUCCGGCGCUGGGCAGGAAACAGCUGGAGGAACUCAUCGAAAACCUGGAGCCGCACAUAGACGACCCGGAUGUCAAAGCACAAGUGGACGUCCUGACGGCCGCUCUGAGAGCCACGGCGCUGGACUCUGGACUGGAAGACGCUUUCCUGGAGCCCCGAGCGGCACAAUCCAAUCCCUUCAGCUCACAGCAUUCCUCUGAGCGCCGUUCAGAUGACACACAGAGGCGUGAUGACGACGAUGAUUCUGACGUGAGCGACAGCAGCGUAAAUCCUGAAGAUGAGAGGAAAUCUAAACAGCAGGACGUGGUUCCUCAGGCGUUACUGGACCAGUAUCUGUCCAUGACGGACCCAUCGCGCGCUCAGACAGUGGACAUGGAGAUCGCCAAGCACUGCGCCUACAGUCUGCCCGGCGUGGCGCUGACGUUAGGACGGCAGAACUGGCACUGCCUGCGCGACACGUAUGAGACGCUGGCCUCCGACAUGCAGUGGAAGGUGCGGCGGACGCUGGCGUUCUCCAUCCAUGAACUGGCUCUGAUCCUGGGCGAUCAGCUGACGGCCGCUCAUCUGGUGCCCAUCUUCAACAGCUUCCUGAAAGACCUGGACGAGGUCCGCAUCGGCGUCCUCAAACACCUCUACGACUUCCUCAAGCUGCUGCAUCAGGACACGAGGAGGAAGUAUCUGUAUCAGCUGCAGGAGUUCCUGGUGACGGACAACAGCCGCAACUGGAGGUUUCGCUCCGAGCUGGCCGAGCAGCUGGUGUUGUUGCUGGAGCUGUACAGCGCGCAGGACGUCCAUGAUUAUCUGAGACCGCUGGCCUUCUGUCUCUGUACUGACCGCGUGUCGUCCGUUCGCUGGACGUCCUACAGACUGGUGAGUGAGAUCAUCAGGAAGUUGUCGUCGUGUUCGUCUCUGCUGGUGAGUUUUCUGGGCGAGCUGGUGGAGAAGUUCUGCCACUCUCAGAAGUGGUCGGGCCGGCAGGCGUUUGCCUUCGUCUGUCAGUUGUCCAUCGAGGAGGAGUGUCUGACUCUGGAUCAGUUCUCGGAGCAUCUGCUCCCUCCGCUGCUGCAGCUGGCGACGGAUCCCGUUCCCAACGUGCGAGUCCUGCUGGCCAAAACCCUGCGGCAGACGCUGCUGGAGCGAGAGUAUUUCCUGAACUCGGCCGGCUGCCAGCAGGAGGCGCUGGAGCACACUCUGGUCGCCCUGCAGACGGACGUGGACAAAGACGUCAAAUACUUUGCCAGCGUCCAUCCCGGAAGCACCCGUCUGAACGAGGACGCCAUGAGCACCACGUCCUCCACAUACUGAACACAGACUUCUAACAGCUUUCCCAGAAUGCACCUCACUACAGCCCCUGGGUUAUUUGUGGGGUUUUUGUGCAUUCUCUCUUAUUUUGCCACAGAAGCCUUAAACGCGUCUUCCUUAAACCAGAGAAUACUUGAACAGCUGGAGAAAUCAAACGACUAAACCGUUGACAUGUGACCGGGCCGGCGGCCGGGUUAACGACUCUAAUAUAUGCUGCAUAUAUAUAUCAGUGACGGGACGCGUCUGUCUGAUCUCAAGGGCUCGAGCGUCGCUCUUUUAAUCUUCAGCGCAGCACAUUGUUGUACUGAUGGACACUGUCACACGUCUGCUCAGACGAACCAUGUGAACUAGUGUUUUUAACGGAAAUCACGAGUGGUCCAUGUGAACAUUCAAUCUGAAACUCACUUGAAGCCUUGAGUGUUUUAAUGCAAAACUCUUCUGUAUAUAUUCCUGUUUUUGAUCAUGAAUAGCUGAUGUUAUUCUCUUAACCUGUCCAGAAUAAAAUUUCAGAUGAAAUCA